AUGGAGGAAAACUUGACUUUACCCAAAGUGGAUUUAGAUAACAACACUUCAAGUUCACUGCCAGUUUACUACAUUAUCCUCGCAUCGCUUAUCGGGUUCGUUGCAGUGUUUGGGAAUGGGGUAGUGAUCUAUCUCAUUUCUACAAGAAGACGACUUCAUGUGGAAACCAAUUACUUUGUGGUGUCCCUUGCUUUUGCAGACUUGUUGGUAGGCUUGUUUCUUCCCACUUUCAUCAUCGCCUGUGACUUCUGGUCGGACUGUGAUAUAACAACUUAUUUCAUGUUUUUUAACCUGUUCACCUUAAUAUCCAUAGCGAAUUUAUUUGCCAUGACAGUGGAUAGGUAUAUAUCGAUUUUAUAUCCUCUGCGUUAUCAGUCAUAUGCCACAUCAAGGCGACUUUUUGGCACAAUCUUGGUUUCGUGGAUUAUUCCAGCAUAUCUCUCCUUCUCUCCGCUUUUCUGGACACUUGCAAGUUCGGAAACAGUUAAAAAUACGGGAAAAAAAGUUCAUGCUUUAAUUGUUAUCACUGCAUUCGAGGUGAUACCCACCGUUGUCAUGCCAGCCAUGUAUAUCCAAAUUUUCGUAACUGCAAGGCGACACGCGCGGCAGGUUGCAACACACCAAACUCAGCUCGACUUCAACAGUCAAGUCAACAACAGAGAUAACAUGCAACAGGCGACAGCAGAUGCGGGCAAGAGAGCCUCUCAUACCUCACAACAAAGCAAAGGUAAAAGGAAGACUGCAGAUUUAUCGAGUGUUAUAGUAUUGGGAGCUGUCAUAGGCCUUUUUGUUGUUUGCUGGUCUUUUGACACAGUGAUUUCGCUCUGCAGUAAGUUAGAACUGUGCGUUAUCAAUGAUGGUCUUUUCAGAGUAUCUGAUUUGAUGAUUUUUGUAAAUUCUGCCAUAAAUCCACUCGUCUACGCCUUUUUGAAGAAGGACAUAAAACGGGAAUUUAGUUUUAUUUGUUGUUGUACCGUGGCAAUGAAUGAGAAGUAA